UGACAGUUACGCACAGCAUAGUUUUGAUUGCACAUUUAUGCAUUUAUCUGUCAACAAUUGAUUCAGUUCCCAUCUCCUCGCACUACUGCGCGUUCUCUGUGCCUGCGUUCCGGAUUGUUGUUGAAUUGUUCGUGCAAUAAAGCUUGCCCCGUUUAUUUACGAUGGAUUACGUUGAUAUACAGGCCGUCGAAUCGAAGCUUACUGACGUGACGGUCACCCCGAUACCCAUGAUAAAGAAUGCGCAUUCCAACCACAACACCAGCGGCAGCAGCAGCAGCAACUACAACAACACGGCCAACAUUACGAUUACCCCGCAGAUUAAUCAUCGUAGCAGCAGCAGCAGCAGCAACAACAACAAUACCAACCACCAUCACGCCGGUGUGUCCUCUGUGGCCAACGAUUUGUCCGCGGGUGCGCUAGCUUUAACCGCCGCAUCCAACAACAGUGCCGCGAAUCUGGUGGCACCGGUCACUACGUUUAACCACUUUCCCAACAACGCCGGACUGUCGAAAUACGCUCAGCUGCUGAUGGUCAUCGAGGAAAUGGGACGGGAUUUGCGUCCGACGUACUCCGGCAGCCGCAAUUCCGCGGAACGGUUGAAACGGUUGAUUGUACAUGCCCGCAUUCUGGUACGCGAGUGCUUGGUGGAGACGGAACGAUCCGCCAGACAGUGAACCGCAGUCGGGGGACAACAAACCUACCCCACAUCACCCAGUUUGGUCUCUAUCUCAUUCUACAAGUGCAUUCUCGUAAGCAGUCCUUGGCUUUUCUGGGGACGACGACGCUGUGCCGGACGCCGUACGGUUAACGGUGCAACAUAAUAAUCAAUAGUACAAAAGCGGAAUGUUGGUGGCCGGUGGGAGAUGGAUGGACUGCACUGCAGUAGUCGGAAGUGUGCGUAAUCAGUUAACGAUAGAGUGUGGGAGCAGCCUUAGCUAUUAACAUAGUAGACUGUGUAUUUAUGUUUCGCUCGAAAAGCCGCUGUUUUCGCGGGGAGGCAAACAACAUGCAUCAGGCAGAACGAAGUAUACCAAAACGCAAACCCAUCAAAAGUGCAGCAGCAUUGUAUACAGAUUUUGCAGCGAGAGCAUACGGUCACAUCGCCGAUGAAAUGCUCUCUUUUUUCUACAAGACAUAACCAAGCGAAAUAAAAGACGAUACAAUGUGGUAGCCUUUAACUAUAUACAAACGAUUGUGUAGACAUGCCCUGGAAAAGGGAAUGGAAAUGAGGAAAUAAAAGCAUAUUUAAAAGUA